AUGGAGGCUCACUUGCUGGAAGACUUGCAAGGAUUUGAAAGGACCUUUUCUGAAAGCGAAGACCGAGAGGCUUUGCUGAAGGAUUUCCUGGGAAGCCUGAAAGCCUGGGACCCUUUGACGCUGGAAGCCGCCAAGCGUGGAGCAGAAAUGGUCGCAAAGAGCAGCGUCUUUGUGGAGGACGAGAAGAAGGAACUCGUUGUCGCCUUGUAUGAGCGCAUCGCAGAACUUCGCAAUGCUGCCUUCCCUGGCGGAGUGGAGCCAGCCAAGCCUCCUUUAGAAGAAGGUCAGCAGCAUGGGCAGCAUGAUGUUCCUAUCACCCUCACUGGCGGUCAAGGCAGAGGAAGAUUGGGAGCGGGUGUCGCGCACGCCAACCAGUUGAUGAGUGGCAGCUUGAGAGAAAGUAUGUCAGAAGCCAUGCGAGCCAGUUGGCCCUUCCAGCACUUCCUGCACCUGAAGCUGUUCAGUGUGAACCUCAAACUCCAGCAUCCUGUCCUGCAGUUCGUCCUGAAGGCAGCUCCUGUGGUUGACCCCUUGCCUGAAUCUCAUGAAGCAGAGCCGGCUGAGCAUAAGCUGCUUGAGCUGGCCAAGCAGAGCUGCAAGGCAAAAGCCGACACUGACACUCACACCACUGGCGCUGUUCAGACGUCGGUUGAGAAGUUGAAGGAGAUGGCGGAUAAAAAGGGACGCUGA